GUUUUAUGAUAUUGAUUUUUCUCUACAAUUCCUCCACAAGAGAAAUAUUGACCUCUAGCUCUAAGCCUCUUGAGGCAGAAACAGCAACUUUAGUCACUGACUCAGAUAAUGUUAGAUGCCCCCCACCAUGUGUGUGUAGUUAUGAUUUCAGUGAAGAGUACAAUGUCUUCUGCAGCUCACGUAAUCUGUCUAGGAUUCCAGAGAUAUUGCCUACCAGUGUUCAGUCUCUAUGGUUAGAUGGAAACAACCUCACAUCUGUCCAAGUUGGUGUUUUCAGGAAUUUAACACAGCUGGAUUUCCUCAAUUUGCAAAGUAAUCAUCUCAGUAGCUUGGACCAACAUGCUUUUCAUGGUCUAAAAACACUUGCACAUCUCCACUUGGAAAGGAAUAUGCUGAAAUAUUUGGCACCCAAUAUAUUCCUUUAUACACAGAGCCUAGUGUUCCUCAGCCUCAACAACAAUCACUUUACUAAAAUUGAGGAUAGUCUGUUUUCUGGCCUCUUACAUCUCUGGUACCUGAAUUUGGGCUGGAAUUCAAUAGUGGUGCUACCAGACUUGGUGUUCCAUGAUCUGCCUAAUCUGAGAGAGCUUGUAUUGGCUGGAAAUCGACUGGUUUUCCUUCAGACUCCUCUUUUCUUUACCCUGAUGGAGUUGAGGGAAUUAGAUUUAAGUGGGAACUCACUGAGAGGAAUUAAAGCUAAUGUAUUCACAAAACUAAACAAAGUUCACAAGCUUUAUCUAAACCACAAUCAGAUUUCUACUAUUGCUCCUAGAGCCUUUAUUGGUAUGAAAUCACUUCGCUGGCUUGAUCUGUCUCAUAACCGCUUGACAACUCUGUAUGAGGACACUUUUUUUGGACUUUUGAGCCUUCAUGUUCUUCGACUAUCCAAUAAUUCUCUUACAGGAUUAAGGCCUAGAAUUUUCAAAGACCUCCAGCUUUUAGAGGAACUAAAUCUUGGCAACAACAGAAUAAAGAUCCUCCAGGAACGUACAUUUGAAGGACUGGGCCAUCUGGAUUAUUUGACACUAAACCACAAUAAUAUUCAAGAGAUCCGUCCAGGAGCAUUUUUAGGACUGAAAAAUGUUGCAGUGAUGAACAUUUCUGGAAACUGCCUCAAAGUUCUUCCAGAACACUCAUUUAAAGGGCUAAACAAACUUCACAGUUUACAUAUGGAGAAUAGUUGCCUUAGCAGAAUAAAGCCUCUGUUAUUUUCUGAUGUCUCUAGUGUCCGUAGGCUCUUCCUGCAGCACAAUGAUAUCUCAGCCAUUGAUGAUCUUAGUUUCUCUAACCUAGAGCACUUACUUGAACUUGAUCUCAGAUUUAACAAGUUAACCCAUCUCUCAACUAAAUCACUCAUGGGUCUCAAAAGCCUUUCAUACCUUCUUCUUUCUUCAAAUCAACUAAUAACAGUUUCUUCAGAAGCCUUCAGUCAAUGUCAGCACCUUAAAUGGCUUGAUGUAUCAGAUAACCAGCUAAAAUUACUGGCUGGUGAUAUAUUUUUUCAUUUGUACAACCUUAGGUAUCUAAGUCUCCAAAAUAACUUAUUGAAAUGGAUUUCAGUGGAUUUUUUGCAUUCUAACUCACAUAUGCAGCAGCUGUGGUUAAAUGGUAAUCAGUGGGAUUGCAGCUGUUAUCUUAAGGAGCUAAGAGACUUUUCUCUGAGGAAUAUGACUAUUGUCCCUCAACUGGUACAGUCUGUGCCAGAAGGUGAUGAAAGCAACACACUUAUCAACAUUUAUAACAACAUUACAUGUGCCAGUCCUCCAGAAGUUAUUGGACAGGAUUUACGGGACUUAAGAGAUGAACACUUUGCACACUGUUAGUUGCAUCAAAUACUGUUAUGAAGUUCUUAAAUACUGAGUUCCUAACAUUUUGCUGUACAGUUUUAUUUUGCAUUCCCAUCCAAUGUAAAAUGCUACUUUUAUAUGUAUGUUUAGGUAUGGGUGUGUCAAAAAUAUUUUAGUAUUGUAACUUUACAUUUUUAAUAAUUAAAGC